UAUCAGAAGUUUGGGGGGUUGAAAAACAAUCGGACGCGUUUGGGUGUACGUUUUCUUUAAUUUAUUACUUUAAAUAAGUGAUAUUAAUAGCAACGAGUGACUCGUCAUGUACAUUCGGUGAGCAGUUAUUCAGAUCAAGUUGCAAUCGCCGUGAACGAGCGUGCGACGUCUCCUGCCAUUCAUUUAUCAAGCGCGCGCUGUUAGCAACUAGCCUAGCGUAGCUAAUGCCACAAUAGUCGCGUGUAAACAACAGAUACAGGUAUUUGAUACCAAAGAAAUUGUAGUUAAGACCAGCUCUUGUUUACGUUGCAUUUAGUCAGUUUGGUUGAAUAGUUACUGAUAGUCGUGUUGUAGCUGCAUUAGCUGUUAGCCCGACACGCGCGUACGCUAUAAUCAUGACCGAGUGUUACAUUCGCGUGGCGGAGGAUGAAAGUGAGGAGCCCAUGGAGAUCCCGUCUGAGGAAGAUGGCACUGUGCUGUUGUCCACCGUCGCCGCACAGUUUCCCGGUGCCUGUGGCCUUCGGUACCGGAGCCCGGUGUCUCAGUGUAUGAGAGGAGUCCGAUUGGUGGAGGGCGUUCUGCACGCGCCCGAAGCAGACUGGGGAAACCUGGUGUACGUGGUCAACUAUCCUAAAGAUAAUAAGAGGAAGAUGGAUGAAAUGGAUGCUGCAUCUGCUGUCAAGAUCAAAAGAGGCGUGCAGAAGACAUCAGACCUGAUCGUUCUGGGUUUGCCAUGGAAAACGACUGAGCAAGAUCUUAAAGAUUACUUCAGUACUUUUGGAGAGGUUAUCAUGGUGCAGGUGAAAAGAGAUGCAAAAACGGGAAAUUCUAAAGGAUUUGGCUUUGUAAGAUUUACAGACUAUGAAACACAAGCAAAAGUCAUGACCCAGCGGCAUAUGAUCGAUGGAAGAUGGUGUGACUGUAAACUUCCCAACUCAAAGUAUUUCCUGGAACAGGCUGGGCCAGAUGAGCCUAUGAGAAGCCGGAAAGUGUUUGUGGGCCGCUGCACCGAGGACAUGUCUGCCGAUGAGCUUAGGCAGUUUUUCAUGCAAUACGGCGAAGUCACAGACGUAUUCAUUCCCAAACCUUUCCGAGCUUUCGCCUUCGUUACCUUUGCCGACGAUCAGGUUGCCCAGUCCUUGUGUGGUGAGGACCUGAUCAUUAAAGGAACCAGUGUGCACAUCUCCAACGCUGAGCCUAAGCACAAUAAUAGUAGGCAAAUGAUGGAUCGUGGGAGGUUUGGGGGGUUCGGGGGACAGGGCUUCAGCAGUAAUCGCAGUCCCAACAGCAAUGUGAAUUUUGGGGCGCUUAGCCUGAAUCCAGCCAUGAUGGCAGCCGCUCAGGCAGCCCUUCAGAGUAGCUGGGGCAUGAUGGGAAUGCUUGCAGGUCAACAGAAUCAGACGGGCGCCUCUGGCUCCACCCCUAGCGGGCAGAACAGCGGUGGUAGAGAUCAGAACCCGGGUUACAACGCGAGCAGCAAUAACUACAGCACCAACAGCUCAGCUAGUCUGGGGUGGGGGGCGGGUACCAAUUCGGCCUCGAGCGGUGGGUUCAACUCCGGCUUUGGAUCUAGUAUGGAGACAAAGUCGAGCUGGGGAAUGUAGAGAGAUUUGAGUUGGGUGUCCUUGAUAAAUAGAUAAUAUGGUAAGUAUUUUGACAGAGGAAAGUUUAGUAAGACUAAGUUAUGUCCCGAAAAUGUUUGCCUUUCAUUUUGUGAAUGUUCAUAUAUGUUAUGAUUGCUCUUUAAGAUAAUUUAGACUUGUUAGGAGUGAUACAAACACUAUCAUUGUUUUUCUAAUGGAUAUAAUUUAUUUUGUGCAAGGCAUUAUUAUUAUUAUUAUUAUUUCGAAAUGCCUACAUAUCUGAAAGAUUCACGAGCGUCUCGUGCCAUUUCAGUGCCGGUACGUUUUAAAGAUGCUCCAGUUGAAAAGAGAUUUGAGUUGUUUUUUUUUGCUCAAAAGUUUUUUAUGGUCAAGCCUUCAUCAAUCUCUUCUACAGUUCAUCACCUCUUUUCCAAUUUCCCGGGACGAAGCCCUUCGUUGGCCGCAAUGUUCGAGCGAUCUCAGUAUCAGUACCCCUCCUCCCAUGUGUAAAUGCUUUGCCAUCAAAGAGCACAGCUUCACUCUGCAUAUACUGUGUUAGACGGUGGGUGUCGUUUUUUCCUCCCCUUUUCAUGGAUGAAAUCUGUCCGCUUUUUGAGAGCUGAGUGAUAUGGUGAUGGAUUGUUGGUGGGCCCAGAAUGAGAGACUGAAUGAGCAAACAGUCUGAGAGAGAGAGAGAGAACUUGGAUCUGCGAGACUGUGAGAACUUGAACUUGCGUGAACGAGUGUGAACGAAGGCAUCGAGUGUUUUCUGUAUACGGUCAUCACAAGGACAUUCAUUCACAUUUCUUCCGUCCCUAUUGUUCUGUCUUUCUUCCUCCUUUUCUUAUUUUGCAAUCAUAUAUAAUAGAGGUGCAUUAAAACAAAAUAGCUAUGUAGUGUAAUCUUUAAGUAUUUGUGUUCUUGCUAUAUAAGUUGACGUGAAUGCUGUGUAUGGUGUGUAUAUUGCUGUUAUUGAACCUGUACGUGUGAUGGUGAUGAUGUGAUGCUGUUUGUGGGCGGGGCUCUGGAAGUGGGCGGUGAAUGAGGGCGAGCGUGAGCUCUGAGUGGGGUGAUGUAUUGAUGAUGAAUGCCUACAGAAGAGGUUGCUUUUGUUGUGUUUUGAAUGCCUUUUAUAUGUUUUGUGAAUUAAAGGGAACUCGAAUAAAAAAAUAAUUUGACUAGUUA